AUGUUAGAACGACAUGGCCAUCUUCCUGGUUACACAGGUCACAUUCCAAAAAAUCAGCAAAUUGAGGAGCCCCCUCAGCCUCAGCCUCGAAGACCUCAGCUUCCCAAUUACAUGGGCUUCAUCCCAGGAGUCAAAUCUGAAAAUCUCUUCGGCAAAACCUAUGGAAAAAUAACCGAAAUGUCUGCGCUUGGGACCUAUAACAAAGGAAGAGAUAUCCCAGUCGAAGAUAAAUUCAAAUCAAUUACCCAAGAAAACUACGUAAACCAGCUCAGAAUUUACGUCCCAUUUUUACACCCUAAAGAAUAUCCUUUGCCACCUGAAGAUCCAAUCAACGAAAUCCCUUCAGAAACUUUAUCCAAAUUUUAUGGUGUAAAGCCUUCAGGAAACUUAGACGACAUGGGAAGGUCACUUUCUAACUAUUACGAAAGAGAUGAGGGGCAAGAGCCAGAAGUUAAUAGACAAGAUGUGUUUGCUGCUACAAGGAAUUUCUAUGGAGAUGAAGAACGCUAUGAUGGACCUACAGAGACAAAGCUAAGCUAUGAUGAAGCUAGAAAAAUUGCUUCUCAAAAGUAA